AGGAGCACAAAGAAGAAAUGUUGAAGGGAUCAUAUUACUUAUCAGCAGGUUCCAGACUAUUCUGGGGCAAUAUUCAGCAUUGUCUGCUUCCGGGAGAGCUGUAACUUACCAUUUCAUGAAACAAAACGUUGUGGUCCUUCUGUGAACAGAAGAAUUUUUUUGCUUGCCAGAAUUUAUAAAAUCUGAAUAUUUAGAGGAAAGUUACUACUGACUCCGUGUUCCCUAUAUUAACCCAAAGAAGCCUGGAAUACAAAAUGGAAACAAAUGUGGCUAGAAAGGGAAAAAUGGAAGUACGAAUUUCAAAAUCUCUCUCAGAGGGUGAAGAAGUAGCUAUAACUGCUCGGAAGAAAAAGGUGGAAAAAGCUCUUGCUAAGCUUGGGAUGCAAUGUGAUGUGGAGAACAUCCCCAAUAUUGCUGUCCUAGGAGCAGGAGGAGCUAUGAGGGCUAUGAUUGCACUGUAUGGCACUCUAGUAGAACUGAGGAACUAUAACCUUUUGGACUGUGUCAUGUACUUGGGUGGGGUGUCGGGUUCUACCUGGUGCUUGCCAGCCCUAUACAAAAAUGAAGAUUGGUCAGAAGAAAUAGAGGAUCUGAGUAAAUGUCAGUUUGAAAAUCUUAUCCAAGGCCAAUGGGAUUUUAAUAAAGCAAUGAAAGCUGUUCUAGAGUCUAUAGAAGAUGAAUGUUACUCUCUCACUGAUUUCUGGUCCUAUUUUCUUGUGCAUAAACUGCUAAAUAAGUUGGAGGAAGAAAAAUUAUCUGAACGUGCUGGAUCCUGUGAGAGUGGAAAAAAUCCUUAUCCUAUCUAUGCAGCUGUGAACAAGCAAACUUAUGAAAAUCAAAAUGUAGGUACCUGGUUUGAGUUUACUCCUCAUGAGGUUGGAAUUCCUGGAUUAGGAGCCUAUGUAGACAGCAAAUACUUUGGGAGCAUAUUUAAAAAUGGGCAGCUAAUCAGAGAGAAAAAAGAAAAAAAUAUUUGUUAUUUGCAAGGUUUAUGGGGGAGUGCCCUUGGAGGCAAGCAAGAGAUUUCAAAGACUAUAUCAGAUGCUUUAAAAGAUUUCGGAAAAUAUAAGAGAUCAGAGGACCUUACUUCAAAAGAUUCAGAAACAGACAUUAAGAAAUUAAAUACACUCUAUGAAUGCUAUCAGACACUCCUGGAUCUUCAAUUAUUGGAAUCUACAGAUAAAGAAGAACUAGAUAAACUUGAUCAUCUAGAAAAUAUCUUGAAAGAUUAUAGUUCCAGCAAAAGCUAUCAGUUGAUCAGAGAGAUGCAUGAGACAUGGAGUUCUGCAGAUGAACAGAGAAAAAAGGAAAAGUAUAUGAUAUUAUUCCAAACUUUGGAUGCUGAUUUUGGAGAUUUUACCGAUGACUCCAAUAAGAUGUAUUUUAAAAUGGUGAAAAAGACAUGUUUAUGCCUUUUGAAUUGGUCAUGGGGAACCAUCAAUAAUUUCCUGUACCAUUGUUCUGAUAUUGAAUUUCCUGAACUCACAAGCAAUCCCAUCUUAUCUUUGAUUGAUGCUGGUCUCACUAUAAAUACAGCAUAUCCAUCAGUUCUGCGUCCUGAGAGGCAGGUGAAGUUGAUUCUGUCUUUUGACUUCAGUGCUGGAGAUCCUUUUCUGACAAUUAAAAAAGCUGCUGAAUAUUGUGAAGCACAUGCAAUUCCAUUUCCAAAAAUAGAUGAGAAUGAGUUACAAGAUCUAGACAGUCCGUCAGAUUGCUACAUCUUCAGAGGAGAACACACCCCAACUAUUAUACAUUGCCCAUUAUUCAACAAAAUCAACUGUCCAGGUAAAAUUGCUGAAUACAGAGAACAAUUCUCCACUUUCAAGUUGAGCUAUUCUGUUGAAGAGAUUGAUAAAUUGCUUAUAGCAGCAAAGAAGAAUGUAGCAAAUGUUCAGCAAAAGAUUCUGGAGGAAAUCAAGCACAUUGUAGGCUCUCCUUCAUAAACUGCUGAAACAAUUUUUUCCCAUUCUAAUGAUAUAUUGAUUGAUGAAAGCUUGUUCUCCAACAAAAAACAUUAAUUAUUAGUAUCCAAGAAGGGUUAUGCAGUUUCCCUUUCUCCUCUAAAAGAGAGUUAACUAAUAUCUGUUGAGUUUGGAGUCACAUGAGAUCUGUGAUUUCUGCUAACAUUAUAGAAAAUAAAUGUGUACAUUAUUAGUAACCAUUAAAUUCUGAGUUCAGAAUAUCCAGAGAAAAAGUAAAGAAUAGGAAAAAUUAAAGAAAGAGUGCUAUCUAGUUUGGGGUAGCAGUUAAAACAUCAGACUAGAAACCAGGAGACUGUAAUUCUAAUCUUACCUUAGAUAUGAAUCUAGCUAGCCAUUUCUAACUAAUAAUGACAAAACAAUUGCAAGGGGCAGUAAUUAGGAGUAAAAAAAAUAACUUGGAGAUACAACUUUUAUGACUCUUUAUGACAUACUGCUAUAUUUUCUAGUUUAAAAAAUAUAUAACCAUUUUACAUUUUAUAUGUAUUUUCAAUUUAUUCAUAUUUAGAUUAUUCUUCAUUUGGGAAAGAGGCACAAAAUAUUUUUUUCUACACACAGCAAAUUAGAGGAAAUUUUCUAAUUUCUAUAUUCCUGAAAAUGAUGAAGAAUUUAUUUUAAUUCAUUUGUUUAUGAAAUUACAAUAUAUUCAGCACCAUAAUUCUUUUCCUUUUUCUGUAUUUACAAUUCUCAUGAAUAAUUGUUGAAUAUUGUUUAAAGAACUAUGCACCUAAUUUCUCUUACAAUAAUAAUCAUGUUCAUAUUAAUCUGUAAGA